AUGGCCCUGGCGGCCAUGACGGAGGCGACCCGAGAAGAGGUCCUCGAUGCUGCCGUCCUUGUGCAACGGGCUGAAGCCGCUUUGGAGGCAUGUGAAAAUGCAUCGGGCAACAGUGCCUGGCAGGACUACCUCCUCCGGCAGUUGCUCCACGUCGUGGCAUUGGCAGAUAUUGCUGACGAGGGCUUGCGGCGCAAUGUGGAGAAGCUGGCAGAGGUUCUCACGUUCUUCUUCCUGUUUGGAAGCACGCGAUCCUUCAACCCUUCCAAGCGGCCGAGGCUGUCAAAGCUGCCAAAGCUGGCGCUGUUGGCAGCCGCGAUGCUUGCAAUUCAACUGCGACCGCUCGCGAGCACAACUCCUGAAACUCCUGAAACUCCUGAGACCCAAGGUGGGAGCAUGGUCUCCGUCUCCAAGAGUGUUAUGGCGAAGGUGCGAGCUUUGCAAGCCCAGGCCAAGGAGGGCGCAGUUCCCAAGCUGGGCGACAGAGCCGCUGAAAUCGUGGCAGAAGCGCAGCAGGGCGGUCCAGUCUUGGCCAAGGCAGUCGAGGCAGCCUUAGAACCGCUCUUUCUGCGCCAAGUCAGAGAGAUGAGAAGCAAAGCUGCCAGUGACGUGCACACCGAUCUGAACUCUGCAGAGAAGUCUGAGAACACCUUUUUAGAGGAAGCUCAGCAAUUGCAGGGAAAGGUUGCAUGGCACAUGGAGCCAGAACAUCAGCGUUUGCGAGCAGUACUUGACCAGCAGGUGGACACUGCCGCUGCGCUGGCAGAAGAGCGUGCACGAGCUGCGCUGGUGCAGCGCUCUACCAUUGAAGUCAUUGGGCGAUUGCAGGAGCAGAUGGAAGAUCUUGCUGCCAAAGCGCAAGCUUACCGUGAUGGCAGCAGCCCCUUCGUACUCUCAACUUCCUACAGGAUCCCAAAGACACCUUUGCAGUUUGUAAGCCGUUACGAACAGGGCCGCGCCAAUAUCAUGCUCACCCUGACGCCAGAUAAAGACCCUACGAAGUCGGAUGGAGGCUUCGCAGCUGCAGUUGGUCCAGCCAACAUUGGCGUCUCCUUUGAUGUGAUGUGA